AGCAAAAUGUACUUUGUUUGGGUGCGCCAAAACCCAUCGAUUUUUCUUGAUUCAAGAUAAAACCAUUGGUGAAACUGUGAAAUACAUAACAGUCUAAGCUAAGCAAUUAUUUUAGUUUACUCUCGUGUCGUAUAAAAACAUACUAACAUGGAGGAGCUGUCGGGCGUAAUGAUAGUGUUGAUUAUAGGUGGAGGCGUUUUGGGUGUCACAAUGUGUUUCAUUUUUGCGAAACGGCAAAUAGUUCGGUUUACGCUCAGGCAACGCCGGGGACCACAUGUGUCUGUUGGCCAUGACGCAAAGAAGUCGAUAAAGAAAGAAAUAGAGCGAAGGCUUGACUCUAUUCAGAAAAUUUACUACGAACCAAAGCUGAUCUGGAACGACAAGGAUGACGAAAAGUACAUCCUUCAGCCAGAUUCCAAUCUUCCACCAUACUACUGGCGAAUGAAGGCGGUCGAUGAUGUGAAGGAGCUCGAACGUGAAGUGGCGAAACAGGACGGCUCCAGCAGACAUCCGAGGGACAGCUUGAGAGCCUUUCUGCUCACGACCUUGGCGGCACCUUUGAAUGGUCCUGGCCAAAGACUAGUACAUCAAUUCUGUGAUAUGUAUGAACAUGCACGACACGAUCCGAACGAGUUUGGUGAGGAAGAGUACCAGGCCUAUCGCCGGUUGCUGAAAAAGUUAAGCGAAGCGGCAAAGGUGCUAAAAUCUUACACAAGCAGUCGCAAAUCGUCUCCCAAUCGUACUCCGGUGAAAAAGCAGUCCAAAAUGCAAUCACUACUUGACCCGUCCAGACUGCGGCCCCCACCAGUGGGGCUUACCGCUAGCGAUGGUACGGACAAUAUGACGGGCAACACUCGCAUGAAUUUGUCGCUGGCCGUGCAAUUACAGCAGCAACAACAGCAGCAGCAAUUUCAACCACCUGAACUGGAGGAAAACGAAAUACUCAGCAUCUCUCAGUACCACGGAGAGACAGAAACCUUUACCAUACGCAGGUCUUUCAAAAAUUGAAAUGGUUUAAAUCGACACGCUCUCUACAAUCAUCGAAGCGUAACAUAAACGUCGUGGUACUCCGAACGAUGAACGAAUAGUGCGAAUCACAG